GGUAUAUAAGAAGCCCCAAUUCCCCUAACCUUCGUUCUUUCUCUCUGCUUUCUCUCUCUAGAAAAUCAUCUGUGGAGAGAGAAACUGGCAGCCAGCCACUAACAUAUGAGAAAAUUCUAAACCAAUUUUCUCUCUAUCCAAACAGAAAAAAAGAAAAAAGAAAAUAGAAAAUGGCACACGCUGUGUUUCAUACAGCUCAAAUUAUGCCAAUCAACACGCAGGUUACAGCAAAACCUAAACCUUUAUCGUCUUUAACGGUCCACAAACUUCUAUGUCCAAUCCAGCAGUUGGCACUUCCCAUUGCUGGAAGGCUUCGGAGAUGUCCUACCGUGAAGGCCUCUGGUGCUUCUUCGUCUUCUUCGGCUGUGGAAGAUUCCAUGACUCUUUUAGAGCGGUGCUUCGUGGCUGAACAGGCGUCGUCUAUGGGUCCGGUUAUGAAGGACAAGUUCGGUUCUUUGGGUGCGGUAACCCUUGAGAAAUCGAAGCUCGAUUUGACACAGAAGCAGUCCAGGACUAGCCCUGAGACUGCCCUUGGAGGUGGUGGUGGAGAUAUUGGAAAAAAAAUCGAUCAUGGUGGCGGUGAUGGAGGAGAUGAUGAUGGUGGUGAUGAUGAUGAUUAUUUUGAUGACUUUGAUGAAGGUGAUGAGGGAGAUGAUGGUCUGUUUAGGAGAAGAAUGUUUCUUGAAGAGCUCUUUGAUCGGAAGUUUGUUGAUGCCGUGUUGAAUGAGUGGCAGAAGACAAUGAUGGAUUUACCUGCUGGGUUUCGACAAGCUUAUGAAAUGGGUUUGGUCAGCUCAGCUCAAAUGGUCAAAUUCUUAGCAAUCAAUGCCAGGCCAACCACUACCAGGAUGCUUUCCCGGUCACUUCCUCAAGGAUUGUCAAGGGCUUUCAUUGGCAGGAUGAUUGCAGAUCCUGCAUUUUUAUAUAAACUUCUUUUAGAGCAGGCUGCAACAAUUGGUUGCUCAGUUUGGUGGGAGGUGAAGAAUCGCAAGGAAAGGAUUAAGCAAGAAUGGGAUCUGGCACUUGUUAACGUGCUCACAGUAACAGCUUGCAAUGCUAUUGUUGUUUGGUCACUUGCUCCAUGUCGCUCAUAUGGAAACACCUUCCGGUUUGAUUUGCAAAAUACAUUGCAGAAGCUCCCGAACAAUAUAUUUGAAAAGAGCUAUCCAAUGAGGGAAUUUGAUCUACAAAAGAGAUUUCACUCCUUUUUCUUCAAGGCGGCUGAGUUGUGUAUGGUUGGACUAACUGCUGGAGCAGUGCAAGGUUCUUUAUCAAACUACUUGGCUAGCAAAAAGGAGGGAAGGUUGUCCGUGACGAUCCCAAGUGCAAGAACUAAUGCUCUUGGUUAUGGGGCUUUCCUUGGACUUUAUGCGAACCUCAGAUAUCAGCUUUUAUCUGGUUUUGAUAAAGCCGUGGUCAGUUAUUUUGAUGUUAUUGGAGUGGGACUGGUUUUCAGCACAGCAUUGAGGAUUCUGAAUGUGCAAUUGGGAGAGUCAUCGAGACUGGCAUGGCUUGGUGUAGAGGCUGAUCCCCUGGCUAAUUCGGAUGGUCUUUUGAAAGCAUACAAUAGGCCUUCUGAGAAUGUUGAUCAACAGUCGUCUUCCAAAUGGUUCAUAUCGAAGAACGCCAUGGUAUCUGGUCUAGGUCUUCUCGGCAUCAAACAAUCAAAUGUUGACUCUGCAGCCGAUGGUGAAUCAUCAGCCCCCAGAGCAAAAAGAAAGAGGGUAGUUAGGAAGAAGGUGGCUGCUAGUUCAUAAUUUAAUGAGAUCACCAUCAGUCCAAUUUUGCCUCAUGAGAAAAGAUGCAGCUUGCUCGCCAAAUCACGGAGUGAUCGUCUUUAGUAGAAAUUUCUUUUUGCUGUAGCAGAGGGUGUAGCUAAGUGACAAGGCAAAAACAACACAGUGAGAAGAAUCUAUUGGGGGAAGUCUUAGUUAUUUUUCUCAUUUGGGUGCUUAUAUUCCCAUAUUGCAAUCCUAAUUGUAUGCUGCUUAUUGAAUUCGGGUUUGAAUGUUUCAUAUAUAUUUUUUUCCCACCUAGUGAAUUAGAAGGUUAUCUUUUGAGAUGAACAUUCGCAUCUAAUAAAUCAUUUGGUAAAUGCGCUGUUUUGGUAGUUGAA